AAAGCAAAGGGCGCGUGCAAGCUUGCCUCCUGAGGCUCUCCUUCCUUGCAAUUCCUUCCGCUUUGCUGAGUUGGGAGCCGCAACCUCCAGCACAGACAGGGGUUAGACCUGCGCCAUCGUCUGGCAGCUCUCCCAGUCGUUUCAGACUGUCUCCCCAUUCUCUCUCACACAUGUUUCACCCAAUAAAUCACUUUCACAUCUAUUCGCAUGAUGGCAUCUCCUUCUCAGAGGACCCAGACAAAUGCAGUUGUGAACAUUACAGACUGGGAGAUUUCAUAUAUAAUCUGCAUUUCUGGCUCCUCUCAAAAAUUCGGAAGAGCUGGCGACACUAGGUUUGUCUGGCAACAAUCAGCUAAAGAACUGCAAUAUGCUAACACCGUGAUGCACUUCGAUUACGUCUGGCUUCGCAACCACUGCCGUUCAGCAUCUUGCUACAACUCUAAGACUCACCAGCGCAGCCUGGACACUGCCAGCAUAGAUUUAUGUAUCAAGCCAAAGACCAUUCGUCGGGAUGAGACCACACUCUUUUUCACUUGGCCAGAUGAUCAUGUGACUAAAUAUGAUUUGGAUUGGCUGGUGAGAAACAGUUAUGAAGGACAGAAACAAAAGGUCAUCCAACCUAGACUCUUAUGGAAUUCUGAAAUCUACCAACAAGCCCAAGAGCCAUCUGUAGAUUGCCAGAGCAUUUUAGAAACCAAUGAGGGACUGAAGAACUUCAUGCAAAACUUUCUGCUCUAUGGAAUUGCAUUUGUAGAAAAUGUCCCUCCCACUCAAGAACACACAGAGAAGUUGGCACAAAGGAUCAACUUGAUCAGGGAAACCAUCUAUGGGAGGAUGUGGUAUUUCACUUCCGACUUUUCCAGGGGUGACACUGCAUACACCAAGCUAGCUCUGGAUCGGCAUACUGACACUACCUAUUUUCAAGAGCCCUGUGGCAUUCAAGUGUUUCACUGUCUUAAGCAUGAAGGAACAGGUGGCAGGACACUGCUAGUAGAUGGAUUCUAUGCAGCACAGCAGGUCCUGCAAAACACGCCUGAGGAAUUUGAACUCCUCAGCAAUGUGCCAUUGAAGCAUGAAUAUUUUGAAAAUGUUGGAGAAAGUCACAACCACAUGAUUGGGGUUGGGCCAGUCUUAAAUAUCUAUCCAUGGAAUAAAGAGCUCUAUUUGAUCAAGUACAACACUUAUGAUCGGUCUGUCAUCAAUACUGUACCUUAUGAUGUUGUCCAUCGUUGGUAUACAGCACAUCGGACUCUAACAAUAGAGCUGAGGAGACCUGAGAAUGAGUUUUGGGUCAAACUAAAGCCUGGCAGGGUCCUAUUUAUAGAUAACUGGUGUGUCCUACAUGGCAGGGAAUCCUUCACUGGCUAUCCACUCUGUGGCUGCUAUUUAACAAGGGAUGACAUACUAAAUACAGCUCGUCUCUUGGGGCUUCAGGCUUAAAAUUGACAGCAUUGGGAUUAUGAACACACCUGACACCCUGCUACCAAAAUUUUGUAUCAGCAAAAUAACAUCAUGUCAAAACCUACUUCAAAUUGUCUCCUUACCUCACCACACGAAAAAGAAGCCACCCAUGUCUCUAAUAGAGAAACCUGUUAGAGAAAGGCCUCUGAGUUAUCUUAUGUCAGCCGUCUAGAGUGGUAGCUCUCUUCCCCAAGUUAUAACAUGUGCUCAUUUGAUUUUUAGAACUUUUGAUAUAAUUUUGGUGAAUAAACUUCAGAAAUAUAAUCUCCACAUUGAUGG